UCUUUCCCUCCUUAUGUUGUGAGUGUGAUGGCCAAUGGGCUUCUCUAGAAGAUCAAAUGUCACUAUAACAGGAGGACUUAAUCACCUCGUUGAGUUUGCAGACCCUGCAGCCUGUCCCAUUCGGCAGAAAGCUCCUCGCUUCUCUCAGCUCUCCCCUCUCAGAAACCUACUGCCAACAUGUCUGAUACCGAAGAAGUGGAGCAAGUAGAGGAGGAGUAUGAAGAAGAAGAAGCAGAAGAAGAAGCUCAGGAAGAAGUUCAUGUACCAGUUCAUGAACCAGCUCCUGAGCCAGAAGAAGUCCAUGAAGAAGAGAAGAAACCCAGAAUACCAACGCUGACUGCACCUAAGAUCCCAGAGGGUGAAAAAGUAGACUUUGAUGACAUCCAAAAGAAAAGGCAGAACAAAGACUUGAUUGAGCUUCAGGCCUUGAUUGAUUCUCACUUUGAAGGCCGAAAGAAGGAAGAGGAGGAACUCCUUGCUCUUAAAGAAAGAAUUGAGAAGCGUAGAGCUGAAAGGGCUGAACAGCAGAGAAUCCGAGCCGAGAAGGAAAAAGAGCGCCAGGCCAGGCUUGCUGAGGAGAAGGCAAGAAGAGAGGAGGAAGAUGCCAAGAGAAGGGCUGAAGAUGACAUGAAGAAGAAGAAGGCCCUGUCCUCCAUGGGUGCCACAUACAGCAGCUAUUUGGCUAAGGCUGAUCAAAAGAGAGGAAAGAAACAAACUGCAAGAGAACUGAAAAAGAAGGUCCUGGCUGAGAGGCGCAAACCCCUUAACAUUGACCAUCUUAGUGAAGACAAAUUGAGGGAUAAAGCAAAAGAGAUGUGGGACUGGUUAUAUCAGCUGGAAACUGAGAAAUAUGAAUUUUUAGAGAAGAUGAAGAGACAAAAAUAUGAUAUCACUACCCUCAGGAACCGGAUUGAUCAGGCCCAGAAACACAGCAAGAAGGCUGGAGCCAAGGGCAAAGUUGGAGGACGCUGGAAGUAAAGAUCCAGAAGGUGCCUGCAGGCAGAAUCAUCAGCGGUGGCAUGGCGAAACGUUGUUGGCCUCUCUUUUCCUCUUGCAACGUGAAUUCCAUUCCUUUGCCUGAGCAAACCCAUAGCUGCAACAUCAGCCUGGAUUAUCUACUGCUUCUUUCAAGGGCUCUCACAUCAUCCAGAACCAUUGCCCUGGAAUAGAGAUGACUCCCUGCUGACACCUUUUAUUAGCUGCUUCGUGUGUCCUUUAUUUUCCUAACCCUACGCUGCCCCAUAGAUCGCAGUGUACAAAUCCUAUGGUUUUGUAAAUAAAGUGUGAUCGAUAAUAUACUUCAGCCAUA